CACUUUGUAAAAUGCUCGUUGUACAGAGCAAGCUCAUAGGUUUCCUCAUCUUCAUGGUCCUGCGUCAACUUGCCAUCAUAGCUGGACCAGCUACAUCAAAGAAUCUCAUCAUUAAGCUACGACUGAAUGAAUCCAUAUCGUUUUCAAUGGCUUUGGCAAAGUUUCGUGCACAGUAUGAAAUAGGCGGCUUCAUUAAAGUGCGAAGUCUGUAUCCAGAGGUCUUUGGGGGACUUUCCGUCGAAUUACUCGAGAGGAACAAAGUCAACUUCAAUGAGACUGAUGCAGUUGAACGAAUCUGGCCUGUGGAGAACUAUGCAGGACCGUAUCCAUUAGCGCCGAUCCCACCAGACAUCUCUGGGGUGUAUCCACAUCUUUCAUCUCCUUUGAUGCACCUCACCCAUCGAAUGACUGGCGUUGAAGGAGUAAUCGGUCAGUUUGACGGGACAGGUGUUAAAGUCGCCAUAGUGGAUUCAGCUGCCAGUAAAGAAUUGCUGUGGACUAAUGUUGCUGCUACAGGAGUUGACUACACUCAUCCGGCACUGGGUGGAUGCUUCGGGGAAGGUUGCAGAAUUGCGCAUGGAUAUGACUUUGCAGGAGAUGGCUUUCGGGGCGAGAAUGGGCCGGACCCGGUUCCUGACAGUGAUCCCAUGGAUUGUACUGGGCAUGGAACGCACGUCGCUGGCAUUAUAGCGGGAUUAGAUGAUCGCGUUGCUGGCGUGGCUCCAAAUGUAACUCUGGCCGCCUACAAGGUAUUUGGAUGUGAAGGUGGAACAAAUAGCGAACUAAUUCUGAAAGCACUGGAACAAGCGUACGCCGAUGCGGUGGACAUCGUCAAUCUGAGCAUUGGAACGAGUGGUGGAUGGCCUGAUACCCCCGAGGCAGUUUCUGCAACAAGCCUGGCACGUCUCGGUGUGAUUGUCGUCGCUGCACAGGGAAACUACGGUGUACAGGGACUCUGGUCGGCUCCUGCUCCAGCCGUUUCUCCACCAACUCUGGCAGUAGCGUCGUGCGAGAAUACGUACUUUCUUGGCGGAUUUUUUACUCUCAGCACCAAUGCUAGUCACAAUGUCACGUAUGCAAGCACUAGCAAUAUCACCAUGUUGCCUACCAAUGUUCCUCUCCGUGUCGCACCUACUGACGCAUGUACGCCGCUUCCAUCCUCGGCAAGCUUUAACUCAUCUAUAGUGUUGGUGAAACGCGGAGGAUGUACGUUUAAUCGCAAAGCCGUGAACAUCCGGGACGUGGGAGGUAUUGCAAUGAUUGUAUGGAAUGACCGGGAGGGCCUAUAUCGCUUUGCUCUGGAAAGGCCCUUGACCGAGUUGGUUGUUUUCAGUAUUGAGCAGGCUGAAGGGGAGUGGAUUCGAGGGAUUAUUGAAAGCCAGCAAGGGGACGUUACGCUGCUGCUGGAUGGUGAAUUAAAGGUUCUGGACAAUCCAAACGGUGGACGGAUUGCAGAUUACUCGAGUUGGGGUCCGGCACCUUCAUUAGAGUUGAAGCCGGAUAUUACGGCACCAGGAAGCAUUGUUUAUUCAACCUACCCUGUAUUCAAAGGGUCUUACUAUCCCCUGUCGGGAACUUCUAUGGCCAGCCCAUACCUUGCAGGAUGUAUGGCCAUCCUUCGCCAGAAAUUUGGUCCAAAUCUCACCAACAUAGAAGCCGUCAAUCUUCUCCAAACUACCGCUAUACCAAUAGUCCAUCCUACUCUGUCCAAUACGGUCGUGAGUAUCCCAUCCCAAGGGACAGGCCUAAUCAAUCUUCAGGCGGCUAUCAACACCACCGUCAGACUAACACCGAGUAAGAUUCGGCUGGGCCAAAGUUCGAACGUUUCGUUACCCUUCACUGUUACCUUGCAAUUCAAUAAUACGGGAUCAGAAGAUGUGGCAUAUUCGGUCUCGCACACGUCUGCGUCGUCGAUUAAUGUGACGGACCCAAUGAUUGUGCCUCCUGCAGAGUCAAACAACUAUCCUGCCACCACUGAGUUCGACACAUCUACGCUCAUCGUUCCUGCCCUGGGAACUACGCAGCUUUCUGUCCACAUAUAUCCGCCCAACAUUUCAGCUACGGAACAGUGGCUAUUUAGUGGCGUUAUCAAUGCUGUUCCGACAAACUCUAUUGUGCCUACAGCUCUUCAUGCAACCUAUCUGGGUUUGCUCGGAUCGUAUCUGGAUAUUCCACUGCUUCCACCCAACGGAAGUUACCCAUAUAUCCUGCGGUAUCCGGAUAACACCACAUUUGCUACUAAUACCACCUCAGCUCCCGUUCCGUUUAAUCCGGCUGACGAAGUCCUAGCCCUUGUCUUCUCGCUUCAGCUUCCUGCGCGCAAAGUCCAGGUCGAACUCUUGAAUGGUGGUGACAGUGUGGGACUAAUAGGACGCCUCAAUUGGGUAGGGCGAAACGGAGGAAAUCGGCUGGUCUACAAAUUAUUGUGGCGAGGAGAGCUGUUGAACGAUGAUGGUGGAGAUGGGAAUGUUGGGGAAUGGGAAGGAGGGAAUACUGAGGAGGCUGGCACAAUGCAAGGUGCGGGACCAGCCGGGGCGGGUACUUAUCUGAUCCGGGUAAGAUUUGAACGAGACAGUUCGGCGGAAAUGGAAACUAUCACAGAAGACUGGAUUAGCCCAGACAUCGUCAUCCCGUAG